GCCGUCCUCUCUCCCUAACGAAGACGGACGCACUUCCAUUCUACAUUGUGGUAAAAGUCUCGUCGUGCAGACUUCAGUCCGGAGCACCGACAACGCUAGUUCCUGCUCUUCCGUGUUUUCACCAUGGCCGACGAUGAAUAUGAGCCCGAGGAUCUCGGAGAGGACAUGGGCGACGAUGACAUGGGUGGCGAUGAGAACAUGGAUGACUUCGAUACUGCCGGAGGAGGCAACGAGGGGGACGCCCAGGAACCGCAACAAAACACGAAACGGAUCACGACCCAGUACAUGACGAAGUACGAACGCGCUCGUGUUCUGGGAACCCGCGCGUUACAAAUAGCGAUGGGAGCGCCAGUCAUGGUGGAGUUGGAAGGUGAAACCGAUCCUCUGGAAAUAGCCAAGAAAGAACUCAAGGUUCGGAAAAUACCCAUCAAAAUCCGACGGUAUCUCCCGGAUGGUUCUUUCGAAGUCUGGGGAGUCGACGAGCUCAUCGUCACGGGGCUUUAGGGAAAUCUCUGUAUUUUCUGUUCAAUUUCCAAAAAACAUGUAAAUAUUAAUCAUUAAACUUCUCUAGAAGAGCAAGUCUUCUUUCA